AAUCUGGCACGCGGCAUCCACACUUCGCCCCCAUCCAAUUGCCGCCACCAGUCAGCUUCAGCUUCAGCCUCUCUCUCUCUCUCCCCUUCUUCUCGGAGGAGAUUCAGACGCAGCUCUCUGCGUCGAGCUGCCCAGAAGGAUCAAAUUAAUGAAGGAACUCGUAGCAGUUCAUUUCCUUUCCAGCUCUUGCCUCCUCCAUAUUUGAUUACUCUGCUGUGAAGGGCUGAUUCCACAUGCUUCCCAGUUCCCGGUGCAUCAUCUGACUGAUUGGAUGACUUCUAGUUCAGCUGUGGCUUUUGCUGUUGCUACGUAUCAAGGGUGGUUUCCAGACCAUGCAUCUGAAAAAGUUUGCUGCUUCGGAUCUUUGUUAUCCAAUGCAAACUUGUCCGCACCAUGUAGACCUCAGGUCAAUCAGCCGACUCCUGCCAGUCGAGGAUCAACAAGACUUAAGAGAAGUCUCGCUUGGUGGAAUUUUACAUUUGCUGUUCCAAGAGCAAUUAACGAAGAUGAAACGAGCAGCAGAUAUACUUUCGAUGACUUAGAAAAUCAAAGGAGCAGUGACGAUCCUCAUGUGGAUUUAGUCCAUCCCAUUUCUCGAUCAGAAGCAGGAUUAUCUAGAAGUAUCGAGCAACUAGUUUGCCAGAGCAGCUUACUUGACAAACUAAGUGCUGUUUACUUGCACGUGUUAGCAUCAGAACAGUGGAAUGCUUCGCGAUUGGCAUUGUGCCAUAGGAAUUACAUGACUAGCGCAGCAAACUUGAUUCAUCAUCUGGCAAUAAGAAGCCUUGACAUUGAACAGCUCAAACAUGAUGCCAUUUGCACUGGCCUUCUGGAUUUGGGGACUAUCAACUCGCACGUCCUGGCGAGUGUCACAGCAGGCAUUCAGUUGUGUCAUUAUGCCAGUUCAAAUUCUCCGAGUGCCCAAGAUAAUAUUGGUUUGAGACCUCACUCUGCAGAAAGCUUGGAUAAACGAAAGAACGGAGAUUUUUCAAUAAAUGCUUUGAGGAAGAGGGCAUCCUUGAAUAGAGAAAGGCUGUUUGGCACAUUUCAUGAUAGAAGAACUACUCUUAUUAUGGUAACAAUUGGCAUGGAAGCAACUCAGAGUGAAUCUCUGAUUCCUGACCUUUUAAACAAGGGAACCACUGUGUUUAGGAUCAACUGUGCACAUGGAGACUCAAGUUUGUGGAGCGAGAUAAUCAGAAGAGUGAGACAUAACUCACGAGCUCUGGAGAAGCCCUGCAGAAUUCUCAUGGACUUAGCUGGACCAAAGCUCCGAACUGGCAGACUAAAACCCGGACCAUGCGUGAUUAAAGUCUCUCCAAAAAGAGAUGCUAGCGGAGAAGUGAUGGUUCCUGCUCAAGUUUGGCUAUUGCAGAAAGGAGCGUGGGCCCCUCAUGCUCACGUUCCUCCUGAUGCAGUUCUGUACAUCGAUGGGCCAGAGUUACUAGACAGGUUGGGCCCUCGAGAUGUGUUGAGAUUCCAUGAUGCUAGGGGGAGGGAAAGGGUGCUUAAGAUUAAUAGUAAGUUGCACGCAACUGGUGGUCAUAGCUUCCUUGCAGAGUGUCCAAGAACUGCAUAUAUUCAUUCUGGGGCAGAAAUGCAUCUCAAGGGAAAGAAAGGUAAGCACCUGCUCGGUCGAGUUGUGGAUGUCCCUGCUUCCGAACCAUUUAUUAGAUUGAGAGUUGGAGAUUUGCUGAUUAUAACUCGAGAUAGCUCAUGUGAAAGAGAGCCAACUGGGGGUGCUCAUAGAAUAACCUGUCCUUCUGGAUACCUAUUUGACUCGGUCAAACCCGGAGAGCGCAUUUAUUUCGAUGACGGUAAAAUUGAGGGAGUGAUUCAAGGAACAGGCCACUCGGAGGUUAUAGUUUCUAUCACCCGUGCUGGUAUUCGAGGAACUAAACUAGGAUCGGACAAAUCCAUAAACAUUCCGGAGAGCAGUAUUCGUUUCCAAGGCCUCACAUCAAAGGAUCUCAUGGACCUUGACUUUGUAUCUUCUUGUGCUGACAUGGUGGGAGUCUCUUUUGUGCGGGAUGUUCAAGAUAUUGUACUGCUUCGCCGAGAGCUGGAGCAGCGGAAGCUUGAUAACCUCGGGAUCAUCCUGAAGAUUGAGACGGAAAGCGGGUUCAAGAACUUGCCUCUAUUGCUGCUGGAGGCGAUGAAGGGGCCUAAUCCCCUGGGGGUAAUGAUCGCCCGUGGAGACCUUGCAGUGGAGUGUGGGUGGGAGAAGCUGGCCUACCUGCAGGAAGAGAUUCUGUCAAUCUGUGGUGCCGCCCAUGUUCCUGUCAUAUGGGCUACUCAGGUUCUGGAGUCACUCGUUAAAUCGGGUGUGCCUACCCGAGCUGAGAUCACUGACGUUGCCCUUGGAAGGAGGGCAAGUUGUAUCAUGCUAAACAAAGGGAAGAAUCUUCUUGAAGCUGUCGCGACUUUAAAUGCAAUCUUACACAGCACCCCAUCGAAGAUAACCGUGCAGAUGAAACAUCUUGUACUGUCGAGCCACUCGAUCUAGUCAUAGAAGAAGCGUCGAUGAAUCUUCGACUUUCCGGUGUAAAUAAUUAUUUCCCAGCUUUGUGUCUUGUUACUAACGACCCGAAAACUCAUUGGAUUUGGGCUAGUCUUUGGAAUUGUCACCCAAUGUCCCGUAUCUGGCAAUAAUGAAGGGAAAGAAAGUUGUAUUCCAAUUGCUCAGUAGGUGGAGCAGUUGAAGACGAGAAAAUAUUAUGUGAGUAAUAUACACAGUCAUUUGACUUUGUAAAAGUCCAUCGUCAAAUGACAUGAGUCCUAUGAUACAACUUUCUCUCCUUUUUACUGAACACGUGUCAUUUAGAGUGAAGUUUUAUACGUCUAUUUGAUUGCAUAUUA